AUUAUGACAGAAGCCCGCUCAAUAUAAAUUACUGACAUUUCGUUCCAGCUUCCAGUCCAGCGUUUUAUGAAAAACUGCAACUAGUCAAGCCCGCUAAAUAUAAACGUGUUGACGGUUGAAGGAAUUAAUCAUCCGUCUUUGAUAUUCUUAGUUGUUGAAUCUGAAACUCUAAAUAAAUACCAUGUAUACUUUACGUACCAUUAAUGAAUCUUUACCUAUUAAACUAUCUGAAGAAGAUGUGGAAUCCAUGCCAGAACUUGCAAAUUUGCUCCUUGCACUAUCAAAAAAAAUUACUCCCAAUGGCAACAGUAUUAAACUGCAAGAGAGUAUUGAAGAGGCUGAAGAUAUUUUGACAAAGGAGAAAAAUGAAUGGUUACAGCAUAAGAUUUUACUAGCUGCAGCGAAGCAAGUAUUAGUCGAAUAUGAAAUGAAAGCUAUCGAUGAAGAGUUAAGUGAGCCUGAUAAAGAGUUUUGUCAGGCAUUGAAUGAGUGUUUGGCAUUUGCUGAAAUGAUUCCACAUUUGCACCCUUCUGGCGAUUCUGAUGUUUCUGUUCUUGGUCUGACAGCUGAACAUCUUAAGAAGCAACGAAAGCGCCAUGAACCAAUUUUGAAUCGCAUUCGAAGUGAAGUAGAGGAACUGAUGAAGCAAAAAUGCAUUAACAUUGCCCAAUUCUAUCUGCCAGGUGGUAAAACUAAUAAUGCUGAUCUGAACCUUGCCAAAGCUUGUCAGUUGCCAGCCCUUGUUGAAGCUCAAGUUUCAGAACUAGAAGCUGAACAACAACAGCUUGAGGCACUCAAGAAUGAAAAAAUGUUACUUCAAGAAGAGCGAUAUAAAAUUUUCAAAGACAGCUUGCUUGAGUUACAAAACAUUUGCAACAAAAAGUUACAGCUACAAAAAGAUUUGAAAAGUACCACUUCCAAGUAUUUAUUAUCGUAUAGCAAAACCCUUCAUUCAAAGCUUGCGUUAUGUAAUACUGAAAUAAUUUAUGAGACUUAUAAAGAAGACACAGUACUUGCUCUCAAGAAAAUCAAAGAGCAUAUUGAUAAAGAACUUAAAAAGGCUAAAGAACAGAACAGGCAGGCAAAUGAAGCUGUGAGUGAAUAUGAAAAAUUGGGCCCAGAGUAUACAACAAAGGUUGAGCAAUACAGGAAACUGGAGCAAGAAAUUGAGAGCAUCAAAUGGUCUCUAGAUCGCUUAAAAAACUCAUCUUAACUACUAAAAAAAACCCUCCUCAAAAUGCUUAUUAGCUUUAAGCAAUUCAUUGUUUUAUGUAAAUAUAUACCUUUUAUUAAUGCUUAAUGACUAAAAGCUAGGUUUUGCCAUUGCAAUGGCAACUGUAAAUUACUCAGUAUGCCCCUUUUAAACGUAAGCAGCUUUUUUUUUUAUUGUUAUGAUAGAAGAUGGAAACUGCUGUUUAGGUGACCAAACACUUGAGAAACUAAUAUCUCACCGAAAUAUAAGAUGAUGCUACUGAGGAUGACUGACUGUCCCAGACUCUCAGCUUCCUGAUUAUCCUCAGUGCUGCUGUGUUUUAGAUGGUCUCGAUUUUUUAGAGGUGAACCUAAGUAUCUCUUGGAACGAGAUACAAUUGAGUGGGUGCAUGCCUUUUUUAUUGACUGACC